AUGAAAAUUCUCGGCCAAGUUGUUUCCGUCCAGCCCCUCGCGCUUAUUAUCUCGCUACCGAAUCAACUCUUCGCGCAUGUACCAAUUACAGAGAUAUCUACACAGCUCACCGGUCUUCUCGAAUCAAUGGAGGAUGAUGACGAUGACGCGCCGCCAUCAGAUGAGGAGGACGAUGGACCCUCCAAGUCUCGGAUACCCGACCUCUUUCACAUAUUCCCUCCGGGACAAUAUGUAAGAGCAGUCGUAUCUGCUGUCCACCCACCAGGUGCAACAGACGCGUCAGUGCUGGGGCGGGCUCGAGAUGAGGUGCAGAAAGCCAGUCGGAGGAUUGAGCUCAGCUUGAUACCAGAGAAAGUCAACGCGAGCGUCUCAAAGAGUGAUCUUCGCGCUGGAUUCACCUUGUCCGCAGCUGUCAAGAGCAUCGAGGAUCAUGGCUACAUCUUAGACCUAGGGAUUCCUGAUGUGUCCGGCUUUCUAUCGUUCAAGGAGGCGAAGAAAGGUCCCUUCGGAGACGACAACAAACUGCCCGUUGGACGCUUGAUCGACGUGUGUGUAGUGAAGAUAACGGGCAACGGUAGGACAUGUACUGUGUCUGUCGAUUUUGCUUCUGUCCGAGAUGCGUCGCUGUCCGAAGUCGCUAGUGUGACAUCUAUUCUCCCUGGCACACUUGUUCAGUCGCUUGUAACCGCUGUAGUUCCUGACGGCCUGAACCUCCAAGUCCUAGGAUACUUUGGCGGCACUAUAGACCAGUUCCACUUGCGUGCUGGCGACGUCGAAGAGAACUAUAAAGUGGGUCAGAAGAUCAAAGCUCGUAUAUUGUACGAUGUCAGUCCCUCAACGCCACCGAGGUUCGCAUUGUCGGUGGUAGAGCACGUUUUGAAACUAUCACCGAAACAUGCGGCUGGAUCCGAUGGAAGUAAGGAUUCAAGUCUGCAAGAUGCGUAUCCUGUAGGGGCUAUUCUGGAAGCCGUCAAGGUUGUCCGAGUCGAGGCCGAGCGGGGUCUCGUGGUAGAGAUUUCCUCAGGGCUGGAAGGCUUUGUGCAUAUCUCUCAAGUGUCAGACGAGCACGUCCCAUCUUUGUCACCCUCGUCUGGCCAUUGGAAAGUAGGGACAGUCCAUAAAGCCCGUGUCACCGGCCACUUCCAUCUCGAUGGCUGCCUUCAACUGUCAUUCCGGCCAUCUGUACUCGAGCAAAAAUUCCUCCAAGUGGGAGAGGUGCAGGUCGGCGAGCUCAUCAAGGGAACAGUGAAGAGGCUGACCGACUCUGCGCUGUUUGUCUCGAUGUCGGGGAGUGUCGACGGCGUCGUCUGGCCGAACCAUUACGCGGAUAUUGCUCUGAAGCAUCCGCAAAGGAGGUUCCGGCCAGGAGUCGUCGCCGAGCUGCAGAAGGACAAGGCUGUCAUCACUCUCCAGCCGACGCAAGUCCGCGCCUUGCUAUCCCUGAACAACCUCGCCAAUCGUCGCGGGGUAUCGCUCACUCAGCUUCGAACAUCGCUCAAGACCGACGAAAAGCUACAAGAUCUCGUCGUCGUGUCUCGUAAUCCGGAGAAAGGAUUCGUCCUCGUGGCGACAAAACCCAAAGAGAAAGAGUCUCUACUCCAGAGGGGCUCGCUGAAUUUGGACACAAUUCAAGUUGGUCAAGUCGUUGGAGGACGCGUCUUGCGGCAUGGUCGGCAGGGCGCAUUGGUCAAGCUGACCAGUUCGAUCUCCGGAACUCUGCAUCCCACAGAUACCUGCGAUGAUUUUGACUCUGGGAGGGCCUUCCCGCCCGUUGAUUCCAUACUGAAGGCUGUGGUCCUGUCAAUCGACAGAGACAAGCGGCAACUUACCUUGUCGACACGCCCAUCGCGCCUAUAUCCGGACCAGGCAAAGGACGUUAAGGACCAUGAGGUCGACGGUGUUUCCGACCUGAAAGUCGGGCAGACAGUGAGAGGGUUCAUCAAGAAUGUCGCGGAACAAGGUAUCUUUGUGAUGCUAGGCCGUCACAUCGACGCCAGAGUGCAGAUCAAGGAGCUCUUUGAUGAGUACGUCAAGGACUGGAAGAGUCACUUCGCUGCCAAUCAACUUGUCAAGGGCCGCGUUUUGAGCGUCGAUUUCGACAAGAAGCAAGUGGAAAUGACAUUCCGCUCUGGGGACCUCAAGCGAGAUGCACGCUCUCAAUCAACACUAGCGGAUCUUUCGGAAGGCCAAAAAGUCGAUGGUCGCGUGAAGAAAAUCGAGGAUUAUGGUCUCUUCAUCGAGAUAGCCGGUUCUAAGCUCAGCGGUUUGUGCCACAAGUCUGAACUAUCCGAUAAUAAGGAUGCAGACGUAACACUUGCGCUGCGGAGCUUCCGUGAAAAUGAUCAGGUCAAAGCUGUGAUUCUCUCAAUUGAUAGAGAGAAGCGCCGCAUAUCCUUUGGUCUGAAGCCGUCGUAUUUUGCAGACGAUGACUUCGAGUCCAGUGACGAUGACAACGAAUCCACAACCGGUAACGAUGGACGCCUCGGUGUAGUGGAUGAUAUCACGGACAUCGAGGACUCAGGCGAUGGUAGUUCUGAUGACGAUGACGCUCCUGUGGGCACAGACGACAUGAAAGGCGACGAUUCCGACGAUGAUUCCGAAGCUGCAGACGAUGGGGCGGUGGCGAUGGACAUAGACGUUGUCACUGCUACCUCUGCGGAGCAAACCACAAACAUCACGCAGACCAAUUCACUCAGCUUGCAGGAUGGCUUCCAAUGGUCUGCAAAACAGGACGCUGAGGACACUGCCAUGGUAUCUUCUGAAGAGAACACAGACGACGACGAGCAAGGGCGCAAGAAGAAAAGGCGGAAACGCAAGGAGAUUGAGCAAGACCUGACAGCCGACAUGCAUACGAAGAUGCCAGAGUCAAACACGGACUUCGAACGAGUGCUCCUUGGCUCACCAAAUUCUUCUUAUCUUUGGAUCCAGUACAUGUCGUUCCAACUGCAAAUCUCUGAGGUAGAGAAGGCUCGUGAGAUUGCACGACGCGCCUUGCGGACCAUCAACUUCCGAGAAGAGCAGGAAAAACUGAACGUCUGGGUAGCCCUUCUGAACCUCGAGAACUCUUUCGGGACGGACGAGUCGUUGGAAGCCACAUUCAAGGACGCAGCACGGCAUAAUGACUCAAAAACUAUCCAUCUCCGCUUAGCAAAUAUCCUCGAUCAGAGUGAAAAGCACGAGAAAGCUGAAGAGCAAUAUAAGCGCACAUGCAAGAAGUUCAGCCAGAGUUCGAAAGUAUGGACAUUGUUUGGCGAGCACUACUUGAAACGAGGAAUGCUAGAAGAGGCUAGGAAACUCCUUCCGCGCAGCUUACAAAGUCUGGAAAAGCGCAAGCGUAUGGGUAUUCGCGAGUCAGACAUAGACAACCGCUAA